UGCAACGUACGUGAGUUUCGACUGUCCUCGAAGAAACGCAAUCGCGAUCGUAACAAUCGUCUCGAUAAACUUGCCGAGAGGAAAUCACGCCAAGGCAGGAACUUCGCGUGGUGCUGCGAAGGUAUUAAGACCUAUGUCGAGAUACUGUUCACGAGAUUGCUCGCCAUUCUUCAACGUGUCCGUGGAAUUUUCAGUAAUAAGUGACCUUAGUCCUGCUGGACAAAGAGCAACGAAACAUUGGUUGCAAGUGCCUUAAGUAGAUAAAUCGAUUCGCAAUAAGUGUUAUAACAUGAACGAUGGCUGUUCGUACAAAUCAUUAAGAGCGUUUCAAUUCUCCAUUUGAAGUCGUUAAAGUGCUUUCCUCGUAAAUAGGAGCGUUAUAACUGGUGCUACCACACGAUUCCUUCAGUCACAUUGUGAUAAUACGAUUCGAAGAUCUCGAUUCUAAUUGAAAUGUCACGCGACGUGCGCGGACGGGCGUUUCCUGCAAUUUCAAAACGUUAAGUAUUUCCUUGAGGUAUAAAGAAAGUGGCACCACGGCGAAUGGUAGUGGUGUACGUCGAUUGUUAUAUUUCUUUUUAGUUCGAUGUUUUCGUUGGAGCAACGACAAUUCAGAUUCCGAAGAAUAAUUUCCGAGGAGUCGACGACCGUCGCGGAGAAGAAUAGAUGGUGACCUCAUGCUUUACUUACUUAAGCCGUUGUGACCGACGACGAGACAAUUGGAUCUUGGUUCAGGUCAUCAGCUCUGUCAUUUGGUAGAAAAAGAAAAAAGCCCCCGUGGACCAUCGGAAAACUUCGGCUUCCGUGGCUCGUCCAUCGGAGAUCUUAACGACGAGAGCUUCUUAUUAAGUAUCAUGUUUAUAUUUAUCAAUUUUUUUUCCGACCAGAAAGUAUACGCUGUCGUACCUGUUAAAUUGUAAGAAUCGUAAAUAAUUUCGACGACUCUUCUGUGCAAAAGGAACGUACUGUCUGCUAAUUCGUUUACGCAAGAGAAGGCAAGAGAAACGACUGAGAAACAGAUGCUGCUGUUAGUCUUGUAAAAAUAACAAAAAGAAAAAAGAAGGUGCAAAUUGAAAGUUCUUCGUGGGAGUUUGACUUUAACUUUUUGGGCUGGAGUGAUAUUUUAUUUAGUCCUAAGAACAAGAUAAUUCCAGAAAGAAAAAGGAAGUUGACGCUUAGAAAGAUAUUCUGACCCAGAUAUACAAACAUCAAAUCGAACAGUCGUCUAACCGUCUGCGUCGAUGAUCUUCGAGGGGAGAGCCUGGUUUAUUUAUAAGUCUAUCAAUUAGAUUCGUCCUCGAAAGGCAUUAGAGCCGAUAAGCUAUUCGUCGGCUUGGCGAUUCUCACGACAAAGUGACUCGUUCUACCAUCGUUCCACGAUUCCGAUUUAUCGUUUUUCAAGUGAAGAAAAAUCACCUCUCGCGUUUGAUAAAUUUCACCGAACGACUCUGCAACUCAACGUUGUUCAUGCACUUUAGAGAAGACUGAUGAGAACAGACUUUUACGCCAACGAUCCGCGCUACGUCGUUACAUUCGUUUCAAUUCGGUAAAUGAAGCUGAAUUCCUGACAUUUUGAGCAUCUGAAGCGGGAAAGCGAUCCACAAUGACGACUAUGGGAGUUACGGUGUUUUGCAACAGGGUUCAAAUAAACGGCAACGAUCAAGAGCAACUGAUGUUGCUCAGGACGCUGCAGGACAACGAGAGCAACAUAAUCGGCAACCAACCUCACCUGAUAGUCCCGAAAAAUAAUAAUAAUAAUAAUAAUAAUAAUACGAGUGCAACCGGUUCUGCCGCCGUGUUGCCACCCUACGAUCCCUCCAGGUUGAAGAAACACGGGAAAAACGGGCAACCGCCACCGGUUGCGGUUGCACGGAGGAAUGCACGUGAGAGGAAUCGCGUCAAACAAGUGAACAACGGAUUCGCGACUUUGAGACAGCACAUUCCGAGUCACAUCGCGGCUGGAUACGGCGACAGGGGCAAGAAAUUGUCGAAAGUGGAGACACUGCGAAUGGCCGUGGAGUACAUCAGGGGACUUCAAAGGUUGCUUGCCGAAGCGGAUGGGGUCGAGUACGAUUCGAACAACGUCGGCGGCGUACAGUGUGUGCCUUCGCCCACCAGCAGCGUCGUUUCCUCCAGUCACAACGGUUCCGGCGAGAGGCUCGUGUUGGAAGACGACGUACUCGCCGCCGAAGAGGACGAUGGCGAACAACAGCUAGACGAAGAGGAUGAAAUUGGGAAACAGAAGAUUACGUCCAAACUAUCGCCAAAUCGGACGACAGUCGCAUCGCCACGCGAUUACUAUGCAUCCUCGAUUGGGGAUGAAGAGAAUCUCGAACCGAGAACUCUGUCGAACACGCAGAAUUUCUCCCGGCUCUCCCCUAAUUCGGUAGCGUCUCCACCCUCGGAAUAUUACGGACAAAACGAAGAGAACCUCGAGCCCCAAAUUCUAUCGCCGUAUAGUGGCGCCGGGGACAGCGAAGAGGGUGCAGCCACCGUUUACGCGGCGAGUCCGGAAACCUUUUCCGGAGCUCUGUAUUAUAAGCAGGAGAUCACCGAAUCCGGCGAAUUCAUGGACGUUGUCAGCUGGUGGGAACAGGAACAGGGCAGACUAGUACAUCAGCAACACGCCCAACGUCUCACACACGUGUAGUAGAAAGGUGUUGUACAAAAUCUUGGACGUAUCAGCUCGUUCGAGUGAUCUCACAUGGAACGAAGAGUAGCUUCGGAUUUAAAUUCCAAUCGAUUUUAACGUGGCAGUAAGGAUAACGAUAAAACCCGUACUUAACGCACAAAGUACUUUAGCAAAGACAGCACUGCCUAUGAUGUCUUUCCACCUCGGUUUUAUCUCUUUUAUUCUAUAAUACCUACGGUAUUGUAAUUGACACGAUUCGAUGACAAAAUGUUUCUUACUCAAGUGCCUUGAUAUAGAUGAGUCGAUUGCGAGCAAAGUGAUUUCUUCAUUAAUUGGAGUGAUUCUGUAAAUAGAACCAUAUUUGUGAAAUAUAUGCACGAUACAAUGGAAAAGAAGAUGAUUUCUCUCGUAAAAGAUAAUCGGAAAUACAGAAUAAAACUUUUUCAUUUAGAAUUUUGUUUUCCAACUUAGGUAACGUGAAAUUCAGUAAAUGUAUCUGUUUUGUUCACUUGAUCGAAUUAGUCGUCACUAGUCAUGUUUGUAUGAAAUAAAACAAAGUAGCAAAUAAUAAUAUUUUGUCCACAUUUCCUCGUAAAUGAGGAUAGUGAUGAUAUUUUUAUAUAUUGAAAUAAACAAACAUAUUAAUAAUUAUAUUAUUAUUAAUUAUAAUAAAGUUAUAUUAUGUGUAAUAAUAAAUUAAACAAUGUGUUCGUUGUAUGUUUUAGAAUUAUAUUGGACUUUGACUAACUGGGACAUUAUUUUACAAACAAACAGGAAUAGUGAUAACAUGCAUAAUUGAAUGAACAAAAUAAGACGAGGUAGGGACCUAACGAGAUAAAGAAUACAAAAGCAUUUUGUUCUGUGUUUUCAGUUUGGUUUAGUCAGAGGAGUCAUUUCCUGAUUGUAUCUGCAAAAACAUAUUCUGAUUAGACAGUUUUAUUUUUCUUUUUUUUUUUCAAGAACAUUGAAAUCUGAACGAAAGGAUAUUAUAGUAAAUUUAAGAUAUAAUUCGCAAAGAUAAGGUGGUGCUUUUAUUACUCAAAAUGUUUGGAAUUUUUAUUAAAAUCGACUUAUUACUAGACUGUGGAUUUUUAUGCUCGUAUGGAAAAUUUGAUGGUACAGUACAAAUGUAGACUUUUGUAUGUA